ACGAGUGAAGAGGAGCCACAGGUUGCGACAGAAAAUGUCAAAGGAGAAAAGACUGAGAAACGUGGAUUCUUCUCAAAACUCCCAACACGUAGAAAGUCUGGAGAAAAGAAAGACAAGAAGGGGAAGAAAGACCAGGAACCAGUUACUGAUGAGGUUGUUGUUAAACCAGCUGAAGAUACAGCUGUUGAUGAAGCAGCUAUUGCAGCUGCAACUUUAGCUGCAGCUUCAGAAGCGCCACCUCCUGGCUCUGAACUGGAACCAGCUGACCAGGUCUAUAUACAAUCAUCACGCCAUCUCUAUGACAACAUCUUAGUAACAAUUGGGUUCCUUAGAAACCAUUCUUUAAUUUUAUGAUCAAGUUUAAUCAUAUCAGUUUUGAACAUGAGAAUGAUCAAUUCUUUACAGUACAUCAACAAUUAGUUUCAAAAGAACAAGAUCUUUGAGCAAUAUUGGGGGAGAAAUGGUAUUCUUUAUUGUUUACUACUCAUAGAUGUUGAUCAUAGAGUAUGUUGUGUAUGUAUGUACUGACAGCUUGGGGUAUUGAGAGUGUGACUUGCAUUAGCUGUCCGCUAUUGUUGGGGUGCUUCAUCGCUGUAUUGUGUAAUGCACGCACUUGUUCA